ACAGGAAGUGACGUAUAAAUCACCGGAAGAAACAUUUCCGUUUGUUUUUAUUUUUGUGGACGAAGUUUUAGUGUUUAUAGUUCACGUAUCUUUGCUUAAUCGCGUCAGUUUCCACCGCAAGUCGGUUAAAUUCUUUGAAAGCGACUUAGAAAGCAUCAAAACUGGCCCCUCCGCUGCCCGUGACCAUGCCCGCUCUGCUGGAGAGACCCAAACUGUCCAACGCCAUGGCCAGAGCCCUCCACAAACACAUCAUGAGGGAGAGGGAGCGCAAGAGACAAGGCACGAGCAGCUUAUACACGGGCUCCUCUGGCAAAUGGACACAAUCUGAACAUAUGCGAUCUGUUUAAUGUUUUACAGAGGAGGAAGAGGUGGACAAAAUGAUGGAACAGAAAAUGAAAGAGGAGGAAGAGAGGAAACGGACAAAAGAAAUCGAGGAAAGGAUGUCUCUGGAAGAAACAAAAGAACAGGUUAUGAAAAUGGGAGAAAAACUCCAGGGGCUUCAGGAAGAAAAACAUCAACUCUUUUUACAGCUCAAGAAAGUGCUUCAUGAAGAAGAGAAGAGGCGCAGGAAGGAGCAGAGUGACAUCACGACACUGACUUCAGCGAGCUACCAGCAAAGUCUGCCCAUGCAUUCAGGACAACAUCUGCUUAGCAUUCAAGGCAGCCCAGUCACCCACAGUCGACCCGGACCUUUACUCGGAGAACGGAGUAAGCAGCUAUUCCCCGCCACUGUUAUCCCGGGCCGUCAUUACCAGACCCCAGGGUUUAGCUCUGGUUCGGCGGAGCACAGCCAGUUCAGCGGGGGUCAGAGUGUACACGAGCCUUAUGGUGUGGCACAAGCUCAGCACCCCUCCAGCUACGCCCCAGGACCUUCUGUGCCGGUCAGCUUCGCGAGCAGCUCUCAAAUAAGAGGAGCGUCUGCGUUCCAGGCGAUGCAGUACCUCCCUCACCAGCAGGCGGCGUAUCCAGUCCACAGCCAUUUCACCUCUCAGUCUGGGUACAUGCCCGCGGCCGGUAUCCCGCUCCAAAAGCAGCUAGAACAUGCAAAUCAACAGUCUGGAUUUACAGAUGCAGGCGCUUUGAGACCCAUGCACCCCCCGGCUAUGCAUCCUUCAGCUCCCGGACUGUUGCCCACACCAUCGAUGGGAGUUCAGAUUCCCACGGCUAAGGCUCCGUUCCAGAGCUCUCCGCAGGGCGCUCCCCGUCACGGCUUCCUCCCUCACAGUCAGAGCGGACAGAGGUUUUACCACCACGGAAAGUGACUUCACCGGCUCGGCUGAAUCCUGUCAACGCUCAAAGGAAUUAUGGUCGACUUUUAAACGUUCUCCUCUUUAGACUUUUGUCAUUUGAGCUUAUUCGUUGUAGAGUUAAAUUUGUUGGUUAAUCAUGCUACGUACUCUUGUAAAAAAAAAAUGUUUUAACUUCAAAAUUAUGAUUGAGUUUGUAAAGUGCUUUUUAUCUCAGCUGCAAUGUAAAGCCACUGUUUUAGUUUUGUAAAUAUUCUGUACAAAGCCGCUCUGCAUGGACACGACUCUUUGUACCAGACAAUGAUUUUAUUGAUUAAUGACCAGCGUUCUAUCGAUCGAUCGGUCCUGUUCAGUGACACAAGGACUAAACCUACAAACCAACAAGGCUACAGCAGAAAUACUGACUGAAACUAGAACAAACCUCGACUUGCUUUAAGAUACAUUUAGCCAUAAAGAUUAAAGUCGUGUUGUUUUUAAAGCGUUUAUGAUAUUAAAGAAAAAGAAGACACCUUU